AUGGCAAGAGAAUUGAGAAUACAUGAGAGUUUGGAUGAGCUUAGCACUGAUUUAGCAGACUAUAUUGCUGAAUUAUCAGAGUCGUAUGUUAAGGAGAGAGGGGUCUUCUGCAUUGCUUUAUCCGGUGGCUCUCUCAUCGGUUUACUGAGAAAACUUUGUGAAGCGCCUUACAACAUGACUGUUGACUGGGCUAGAUGGCAUAUCUUUUGGGCCGAUGAGCAUGUCGUCUCGAAAAACCACCCUGAUAGCAAUUACAAGUUGACGAAGGAUGGAAUUUUGUCCAAGGUGCCAGUUAUGCCCAGCCAUGUGCAUUCAAUGAAUGACGCAGUGUCUGCUGAAGCAGCCGCAAACGAGUAUGAAUUCACUAUCCGGCAGCUAGUCCGGACCCGCGUAAUAGACGUAUCAGAGAUCAGUGACUGUCCCAAAUUCGACCUCGUUCUUCUGGGAAUGGGGCCCCAUGGCCAUGUGGCCUCGCUGUUCCCUGACCACGAUGCACUCAACGAGAAAGACGAAUGGGUUACCUUCCUAACUGAUUCACCGAAUCCCCCUCCGGAGAGGAUCACAUUCACCUUACCGGUGAUCAACUCGGCAUCCAAUGUUGCCGUAGUUGUAUCGGGGGAAACCAAAGCGGGGGCUGUUAAGUCGGUAAUGAACAGUGCAGGAACCGACUGCUCGUCGCUGCCUGCGCAGAUGGUAAGGCCAACUUCGGGUAAGUUGGUGUGGUUCCUGGACAGUGCGGCUGCUUCGGAACUCGACAUUUCUCCAUUUUCCUAAUAGGGUCGAGAUCUUGCAGAUAAAGUGGAGCUUUUGAUGUAGCAAAGGAAAUUUCACCAAAAUCUUCCUUUUUCCCCUUUUCCUAUUAUAAACUCGAAAAAAUUAUUUGCUUCGGUUGUAUUUCUUAUCCUCUUUAUUCAGAGGCAGCAUGAUCACACCCUUCUUACAGUGUCCUGACCCUCAGCUAAAAGCCCCUUCUGUUGUUCCUUCGGUUACUCAAGAUCCUGGAACUCGCCAUCGGGCAAAGCCGGAUGCUGCAGUUCUCAAUUUCUCAUGGCAAAACCUCUGAUGAUCUCUCUUAGGCUCCUUGUAUUGGGAAAUCAAUGGAUUGAAAUUUAAAACAAACUCU